AUGUCCUAUCCGUAUCCCAUCCCCGCUACUCCGAGAGUUAUCUCGCCCUCUCCCACCCCUUCCGAAGCCUCCGACCGACAAGACUCCUACUUCGCUCCGGUCACGCGAUCUGCCGCCAAAGCCCAACGACAGAGAUCUCCCCAACCCGACCCGAUCCACGAAGAGAAGGAUGGAUCUGGGUCGGAUUCCAGUCUCGAGAAGCGUGCCAGAGCGCGGUCAAGAAGUCCCAUAUUGAGCGCAGCCACCCACCUGAACGGCAGUGCCAGUGGCAGCUCUAGCAAAAGAAGGCGCCUGAGCGGCCUAACCCCGAAGACCCCCGUCGCAAAGUCUGAACCAUUGCCCACUGGCAAUGUGGCACUCCCCAAGUCCAAUGGACAUCUCUCACCGUACGAUCGAGUCAAGAAGUCCUGGCGCGAGUUUUCUCGCUCGCCGUCGCCCUUGGGGCUGAUCCCUCUACACCGGCACUAUCGCAAUCUGAUCCACAAGCACGAGGUUCCUCGAAAGCUCCUCCACGUCUCCAUUGGGUUCUUCACCCUCCGUUUCUAUACCACCGGCAUCCAGACCACCGCCAUUACACCCUGGCUGCUCGGCGCCCUCGCCAUCAUUGCUCCAACCGAUGUGCUUCGACACCAUUCCGACCGAUUCAACAGAUUCUACAUCAAGGCCUUGGGAGCUCUGAUGCGCGAGACUGAAGUCGAUGGCUAUAAUGGGGUGAUUUGGUAUUUGGUCGGCGCAUACAUCGCUUUGAAGUUUUACCCCAAAGAUGUCGGCGUUGUAUCAAUCCUCCUUCUGUCCUGGUGCGACACUGCCGCCAGUACCUUUGGCCGUAUAUAUGGGCGCUACACUGUCCGCCUUCGCCGGGGAAAGUCUCUGGCAGGCUCCCUUGCUGCGUUCGCAACCGGCGCCCUGAUCGCUGUUUACUUCUGGGGUUAUCUGGCUCCGCGGACCGGACCGUUUCCCGACGAUCCGGUGGAUGGUCUUAUGUAUCAGGGUCGCCUCUCAUUGCCUGCCCGGGCAAAGGAGCUUCUCGGUUGGCAGCCGGACCAGGGUGUCAUUGUCGGCACUGCAGCCCUUGCCGUCGUGAGCUUCUGCACCGGUCUCAUUGCAAGCCUCUCGGAGCUGAUUGACUUGUGGGGCAUGGACGACAACUUGACGAUUCCUCUCCUGAGCAGUGCCGGCAUCUGGGCAUUCCUGAAAGUUUUUGGAUAG